AUGGCUGUCGUGCUUGGAAUCUUCGUCGGCCAAGGAUGGAGUGGCGUGCCAUGGUUCGAGGCUGGAGCUGACCCAUCAGCCAUAGCUCCAUUCUCGUUCGGCUCCCUUUUGGGACCCCAACUAAUUUUAAUGGGUUGGUUAGAAAGCAAGAGAUGGGUGGACUUCUUCAACCCUGAAUCACAAUCGGUGGAGUGGGCGACGCCAUGGUCGAGGACUGCCGAGAACUUCGCCAAUGCCACCGGAGACCAAGGAUACCCCAGUGGAAAAUUCUUCGACCCAUUGGGACUGGCCGGAACACUGCAGAACGGUGAGUACAUUCCCGAUGUGGAGAAACUGGAGAGACUGAAGCUUGCUGAGAUUAAGCAUGCGAGAAUAGCGAUGUUGGCUAUGCUUAUUUUUUAUUUGUGGUGAAGAUCCAGUUACAUCCAACACAUCCAUGGAUGGCCACUACCGAUGCAUCAGAUCACGUUUCCGUUUGGAAUUGGGAACAUC